CGACGCUGUAAGUCAGACGUGUUGAGCGCAAGGCAGCUGAAUAAAAUUCAAACCGAGUGCAAAGUUGAGAACAGUUUUAAAAGUUGCCCGCUGGCCAAGUCGCGUUGAAACGGUUUUCAAUAAUUGGCAGCCGUGUGCUAAAUUCCAUUGUUUAAACGUGCAAAGUGCUCGCGUGCUCGACUCAGACAACGAAUAUCGCAAUAUUAUCAUAGCAUUGCCCAGCAGAAGCAGUAAAAAAGAAACACACUAAAGAACCUAUCACAACUCUUAUAACUCUGCCAAGUAGCAUGCAGCAGCAUGCAAGUGUGCCUUUUGAAAAGUUGAAAUUAAAAUAAAAAGAACUAAAGACUAACAAAUCAAAUAACUUCUUGACCCACAAAAUUCAAUAUUAAGGAGCCGUCGAUUAAUAUCCAGCGUGAUUGAUAUAAGGCAUGCAUCAAGCUCGAAGCGCUCAACUGCUCAACUCGUUGCGACUUGGCGACUUGGCUCAAUCCCUGACCAGGCCGGGCCCGGCCAUGGGCUGUUGAAUAAUUGAUGCAGUUUUGCUCUCCGGUACAGAGGAACGACAAACGGCAAAACUAAUUUAUGGCAUUAAAAAUGCAUAUUUUCUAGCAGUGCGUUGCCAGUUUUUAUCAUUUGCCAAGUGCGAAAGGCGUGAGCCACGGCAGCAGCCGCUUUCCGUUGCGGCGCUCUCUGACUGCGUGUUCGCGUUGGUGUUCGUGUGUGUGUCUGUGUGCGUGCGUGCAGUUUAUGCGAUCUACGAGCAGCUCAGCAGCUAAAAUUGGAUUCGACUGGCACAAAGCAGCAUUAGAGCAACUGAGCCUGAAAAUUUCCCCAGCCCCCCACAGCCCACGCCCGCUGCUUUAGCCGCUUCUUCGGCAUCGUCUUCAUCAACAUCAUUAUCAUCAACUGCAGCAGCAGCAGCGUCGCAUGAUAAUUCACUGCUCUGGCCCUGGACUGGCAACGAAAUGGCUUUCCUAUGUGCAACGCUGGCCACAGUAAUGAAAUGGCGACCUGUGGUGACCUAUCGAUGAUCUCGCCGCCAACGUCUUCCAUUUCGAACGAUCAAGACCCGUUUGGACAGCUGCCACCGUUACCACCGCCGUUGCGUUCCACUCAAGUGCUUCAGCCAUUGAGCGUAUUUCCAGUGUCCAAUUUGAGCGAAGAUUCUUACGAUUAUGUUUUUGGUGGUCGACGUAAGACUCCGCCCACAACAACGUCUACUCAACUUAAGCUGACCUCGCCGCCAGUGCGCCUGCGACCCGAAGACGCCUAUCGAGGUGAUAAUAUAAACAACGGCCGUUUCUAUCGACAUUCCUUCAGCUACGCCCCCAAGCGCCAGCGCCACUCGAGCCGUGAUGAUCGUGACCGCGAGUCAAGAUUGAGAUGUCAUGGCGAGGAUGAAGCUACACUGCGCCAAUUGCUGCUCGAAAGCCACACCCAAAGUGGUUUGGUCUUUACGCCACUCAAUGAUUUGCAAAAGCAAGUUAGCGUGAUGAGCAUGAAUCUAUCAGCGAAACUCGAUGAGCUGCAGCGAGGCGAUCGACACCUGGAGACGACAGUCGCCUUGUGCGAAAUCCGCACACAGCUGCAAGAGCUGACCAAGUCCGUGGAGAGCUGCCAGAGUGAGGUAUCGGAGGUCAAACGUGACAUGGUGGCCAUCAAGCACGAACUGGACACCGUGCAGCAGGUGAAGGAGGAGAUUGAGGAGCUGCGCGAAUAUGUGGACAGACUGGAGGAGCACACGCACAGACGGAAGCUAAGACUUUUAGAACAAGGUCUCACCUUCUUCCUCACCUACUCCAUAUUCUCGGCGGUGCUGGGCAUGCUGCAAUUUGGCUACAACACUGGAGUCAUCAAUGCGCCCGAAAAGAAUAUUGAGAACUUUAUGAAGGAUGUGUACAAGGAUCGCUAUGGCGAGGACAUUAGCGAGGAGUUCAUACAGCAGCUCUACUCGGUGGCUGUCUCCAUAUUUGCCAUUGGCGGCAUGCUCGGUGGUUUCAGCGGUGGCUGGAUGGCCAACCGCUUUGGCAGAAAAGGCGGUCUAUUGUUGAACAAUGUGCUUGGUAUAUCCGGCGCCUGUUUGAUGGGCUUUACCAAAGUUAGUCAUUCCUAUGAAAUGUUAUUCCUUGGCCGAUUUAUAAUAGGUGUUAAUUGCGGUCUCAAUACAUCAUUGGUGCCAAUGUACAUCUCUGAAAUAGCACCACUGAAUCUGCGCGGUGGUUUAGGUACUGUUAAUCAAUUGGCUGUGACUGUAGGUUUACUAUUAUCCCAGGUGCUGGGCAUUGAACAAAUCUUAGGCACUAAUGAGGGCUGGCCCAUUCUGCUGGGCCUGGCCAUAUGUCCAGCAAUAUUGCAAUUAAUAUUACUGCCAGUUUGUCCCGAGUCCCCAAGGUAUUUGCUCAUAACCAAACAAUGGGAGGAGGAGGCGCGUAAAGCACUGCGUCGCCUGCGCGCCUCCGGCUCCGUGGAUGAGGACAUUGAGGAGAUGCGCGCCGAGGAGCGCGCCCAGCAGGCCGAGAGCCAUAUAUCGACCAUGGAGCUCAUUUGCUCGUCUACGUUGCGUCCGCCUCUGAUCAUUGGCAUCGUGAUGCAGCUGAGCCAACAGUUUAGCGGCAUCAAUGCCGUCUUCUACUACUCCACGUCGCUCUUCAUGAGCUCCGGGCUGACCGAGGAAAUCGCCAAGUUCGCCACGAUAGGCAUUGGCGCCAUUAUGGUUGUCAUGACUCUGGUGUCCAUUCCGCUAAUGGAUCGCACUGGCCGCCGUACGCUGCAUUUGUAUGGACUGGGCGGCAUGUUCAUCUUCUCCAUAUUCAUAACGAUUUCCUUCUUGAUCAAGGAGUUUUUUGGUUAUGUGCAGGAAAUGAUCGACUGGAUGUCAUAUCUGUCCGUGGUCGCUACGCUCGGCUUCGUGGUCUUCUUUGCCGUGGGACCCGGCUCCAUACCCUGGAUGAUAACGGCGGAGCUCUUCUCCCAAGGCCCGCGGCCCAGCGCCAUGGCCAUAGCCGUGCUGGUCAACUGGAUGGCCAACUUUGUGGUCGGCAUCGGAUUCCCCCGAAUGAAGAACUCACUGGAGAACUACACAUUCUUGCCAUUUAGCGUUUUCUUAGCCAUAUUCUGGAUAUUCACCUACAAGAAGGUUCCUGAGACCAAAAACAAAACCUUUGAGGAAAUCUUGGCCCUCUUCCGUCAUAACAACGGCAGGAGUAUGCUAAACUGCACAAAUAGCUUGGAGCCACAAAGUAUGAAUUCUGGCAUCGAGCAUGCCGCAUUGAUGGUAUCUGAGGAGAAGACCCAACAUGACUCACCUGCAUCCGAGCGAUUUUUAGACGGCGGCCGAAGUACACACCAGGGCCGGAGCGCUGCCUCUGCGCCCCAUCACCUUCGUCAGCAAGCACCUGCCUGCCAGAACAGCGGGCCUUGACUGAGGAACGGCUCACCUCCUGAAACUGCCAGUGUACAUUCAACGAGUCGCGCUGAGGAGGAGCACCAGCAGCACCAGCAGCACCACCAGUCCUCCUCCUCCGCCAUCAACUCUGCCGCUGCAGUAGCAGCACAGCCCCAGCAUCAGCAUCAGCAUCAGUCCUGUUACACCUCACACGAUUACGUGCAUUGUAGCUAUGAGAAAGAUAUCGUAUGUGAUCAAGCGCCGCCGCUACUGUCGAACAGCAGCCAACACAAGCAUGAGCCGCCCCAGCAGCAGGAGGCGGCAGCCGUCAUCUCGCAUUGCCAUCAAGCACAGCAGCCAUCGCAGCGCAAGCACAGCCACAGUCACAGUCCGCAUCACAGUCGCCACACAUCCCCGCACAGCCAUCACUCCCACCUGGGCCAGGGUCAGAGCCAGCAGGGUCAGAGGCAGUCACAAUCGCACUCGCACCAUCAUCAUCGCCGUCGACGCCGGCAGCACAGCGUCGCUGCUGUGGGGGGCAGCGGCAGCCUGCCUGGCGCCCACACCCAUCAGUCGUCCUCGGGCGGCGGGCAGAGCACUUCGCGGCAUGUGUGCAGCAGUCGGCGCCAUCGCUCCGUCACGGAUGUGUCCUGCAGCUCGAUUAACGCCUGCCAGGAUGCGGCAUGCGCCGACCGCGAGGUGCAGGAGAUAAUGGUGCGCAAAUCCUGCUGCAGCUCGUCCCGCACCGAGCUGGCCCAGUACUUUGCAGAAGACCUGUACGGCACUUCGUCGCGCCGGCCCAGCUCCUGCUGCACCAGCUCCGACUACUGCUACCAAACGGACUCCACUAGCCUGUACGGCUCGCGCUCCUCCCUGAGCCGCAACAACUCCAUCAAGUCCGCAUCGGCCGCCAUGCGCAAGCAGCAGCGCCUCCAGGCGCGCCAGCCCAGCUACACGUCAAUAUCCUUGCGGGGCCUGAAUGCCAGUCGGCCCAACAGCCAACUCGGCUCGCUGACCUCCAUCUUCGAUCGGGCCAAGCAAAUCGCCGACGAGAGCAACCAGGCCGAGCACGACCAGCGCCUGGCCACGGUGACGCCCUCCCGCAGCUCCACGCUGGACCGGCACAGCUCGAAGGGCGCCCUGAGCAACGAUCUGCCCGAGUAUGCCUGCUCGCCGUCGCCCAUUCGCUGGAGCUUCCUAGCUGAUGGCAAGUCGCCCACUGAGCUGGAGCUGGAGGGCGCCGUGGGUGGAGCUGCUGAGGCAACGGAGCCGACUGCGGAGGAUAAGAUGGAGGCCUGGCACGUGCCCCAGCCGGAGAUGAAGCCGUGCCGCAAGCUGACUAGCAACACGGAGACCAGCAGCUGGAAGAGCUCCCUGUACGAUGACAGGCCCAGCACCUCGGCAGCGGCACGGAAGCGACGCGGCAGCAGCUACCACUGCGAGUUCGAGGAGUCGACGACCAUACUGUUUCACCAGGACCAGGAGGGGGAGCCGUACAACAACUGUUGCAGCAACUACAUACAGUGCAACACCUAUCUGGAUCAGGACCUGCAAAUCACCAGCGAGGACAUCCAUCAGUACCUGUCCAAGGGCAAUCCGAUGGCGGGCGAUGUGCUCAACAAUUCCAAGAACUAUCCGUUUCAGCCCAGCAAUGCGCUUGAGUUCCAGUACAAGAACAACUUUCAGCAGGGCAACAACAACACGAACAACAACACCAACACCACAAACACGGCUUCAAGCGACGCUGGCGAAUGCUUCCAUCGCUACGAGCGCAGCUGCCACGCCAGCUCCAGCAAGGAAACAAAUCUGAAUCAGAAUUCAGGUGGGGCUCAGGCGGCGCUGGAGCAGGAGCCGCUGUCUCCCAGCAAUAUCAACCUCUCGAGCAGCAGCAACAACAUCAACAUUGUGUUUGGCAGCGGCGGCCAGGAGCGGAACGCCAACGAGGUGAAGUUCAUCAACAACCGAGCAGGCGAGCGGGAGCGGGAGGGCGAGGCGUCGGUGAGUGCCGAGGCGCACCACGCCGGCUACCUGCCCUACACGUAUCCCAGCUACGACUACUCGAACAUGUCCGGCAAUUCGCACUUCGAGAAGCCGCUGGCCAUCGAUGAGCUGCCCAAGGAGUUUGCUGGCAUGCACCUGGACGGCGGUGGCUCCACGACCAGCGAGCAUUCGUCAUCGUUGCACUUUGACUCGUUUGACGCCGCCUCGGAGCAGAACUUGCUGUCGCAGCCCAUGUCGCCGGGGUCGCCAGCAUCGGUUUCAGUCAAUCCUGCUGCCGAUGGGUACAUGCACCACGCCCACUUCGAUCAGCAUCAGCCGCAUUAUCAUGGCCAGUACACGCAUGCGCAUCAAUUGCACCCACACAUGCACAGCCACGCACACGCCCACGCCCACGCCCAUGCCCAUGCCCGUGACCAUGACCAUCACAGCACCAGCACCAUCACCAGCACCAACACCAACACCCACACCAACAACAGCAGCACGCUCCACUAUGGCACCCACGACCUGGCCGAGGACCAGUUCCGGCUGGGCAACGCCCUCAAGAAGGUGCGCAAGCGUGCACGCAAAUACACAGACUUCCUGCGCAAGAAGUGAGCCGGGACCGUGAGCCAGACCCCCGCUGAUCAGCCUUACUAUUCCCAUCCCUAGAUUCGCCCUACUUUGGCCGCAAGUAUGUGGUCGUCUCGAAGUCGCGGGCGACGCAGCCGCGGCGCUCGCAGAGCCUGGAUGAGGAUUAGCUGUGGACGGACCAUUCGAUUGCAUUCUCAGCUCACUCUAUUCUAAAAGCAAUAAUUCAACAUUUUUCGUCGACACACACACACACACACACACACAGAGAUCGCGAAAUGAAUAAAUAACUUAAAUUUGUACACUGCCAAAUGAUAAAGAUGAUUUAAAUAAUGUUUAUUUGUGGUAAGCUAAAUUGUAUUGUGCGAUAUACACACACAGACACACACACACACACAGACACAGACACACUUACACUAAGGCAGAUUAAGUCAUUCGAGUACGGCAGCCAGCUACCAAAUAACAAGAAGAACAACCACAACAACGACUAUUUUAAAAAUACCUAAGCUAACAGUGCGUAUACAUGAUAAGUAUGAAAAUUUGUAUAUUCAACUUAAAGAUAAGAACAGGUUUUGAAUUUGCAUAUUUAACUUAAAGAUAACUAAAACAAAGAAGAAGAAGAAGAGAAGAAGAAAAAACAAAAUCUGAAGCAAAUGAAAAUAAUAAUGCACAACUACCAAAGUAUAGUUUUAAAAGAAGCAAAA